AAAUCACCAAUUCCUUACCUUACAAAGACCGCGAGUCAGUCCCAAUACAUGUUCUUCUCUUCCUACGACGGACCCAUCAGAAAACUUUAACGCAACAUAUCGCCAUUUCACAACGUCAAAGCUAAGAUCAACUUACACUACCUCAAGGCCAUGGACAGUCAGGACUCAUCUUCACCAACACCACCGCGAUACCCUCGGGUGACAAUUGAGUUCUGCACACAAUGCAAAUGGCUACUGAGGGCCGCCUACUUUGCUCAGGAAUUGAUGUCGACGUUUUCGACUUCUCUUGGUGAAGUAGCACUGCAACCUUCGACAGGAGGAACAUUCAUCGUGAAUUUACAAACAGAGCGUCGGGGCUCGGUACAAGGUUCUAUAGCCUCGAUAAAUCAACAUGUCCUCUGGGAUAGGAAGGCCGAAGGAGGAUUCCCUGAAACGAGAGAACUGAAGCGCCGAGUGAGAGAUGCCAUAGACCCGAAGCGUGAUCUUGGUCAUGUAGACGGGAAAAAGAGUACCUCGUCAAGAUCACAACCCUCCAGCCAGCAAGGCUCCGAGCCGUCAUCUCUAGAGCCUGCGCCCCAGAAUACCACUGGCAUAAACACGCCUAUCCCAAGGGCCAUCAACCGUCUUCAAUCUCCUCUGGGUAGCAAUGAGAGGAAAUUCACGCCGAUGGAUGUUGAUGUUGCCUCGAGGCCGACUUCCAGUAAAGGAGAUGCUGGAGAGGGAGCUAUCAAUCAGGAUGCUGGGGAGUUUGUGAACUCUAGAGGGAAGAUUCAGGUCGUUGGGGAGACUAUUGGAGGGUUUUGCAAGCCAGGAGAAGAUUGUGAGGAUUGUGCUUAGAUUUUGAUUCAUCUCGGGUGUCAAUUAAGUCACGUAAAUUCACAUCUACUGCAGAUUCGUGGCUGUCUUGGGAGAAACGUAAUGUCCCGGUGUGCUUCCGAAGAUUUAUGAUAUGCCCACUUAUCUCUGUACUCCUGUUGCUUCGAGUUGCAUUGGCAGUG